AUGGACCAAACUCAGAACCCGAGCCAGAUCCAGCCCGGCCCAGGACUCAAUGAUCCUGCUAUCCCAUUGAUUCUGUUUCACGAUGCUGGUGGCACAGUCUUCCCGUACUUCUGUCUCGGGGAUAUCAAACGACCACUAUUCGGUAUUAAGAACCCGCGAUUCGAGCGAGGAGGUAAUUGGGAGCAUGGUCUGCGCCAGAUGGGUGUCGUAUACACACACCUUGUCAGAUCUGCCGUCGCUUCCGGCAAGAUCAUUCUCGGAGGAUGGUCUCUGGGCGGAUGCAUCGCUGUGGAAGUCGCAUCGCGACUCAUGAAAUUACCCCAAUACACAGUCCAGGGUGUCGUGUUGAUUGACAGCGUCUAUCCCACCCCUACCGUCACGACACAUUACCCACGCACCCUCCCCGAAGUCGUCGCAAGCUUCCAGCUCCCCGAGCAAAUGUCAGACGCGCGGCGUGGCCAGGCGCAACAAUGUAUCCUGGCCGCGCACGAGAUGCAGCGUGACUGGCGUCCGCCGGCAUUCUCGGAACGACCUCCCCCGGCUGUCUUGAUCAAAGCGGCGGAUCCGGUUCAUGAGAAUGCUGAGCACUCGCUGCAUUACUUUGAUCGGGUCAGGGACUGGGAGUAUCUGGGUUGGGAGGACUAUGAUACGAGCUUUAUCGUGGCCACGAUGGAUACUCCGGGGAAUCAUUUUACGAUCUUUGAUGACCCGAAUGUAUAG